UCUUCUCCUCUUGUAGACUCCUCCUGUGAGUAAACCCAGAGGAGCUUAAACCCUUGAUUAGGGUAAACGUAAUGGAACCAGAUUCAACUAGACCUGUUAGAAAGGUUAGAUUUGCCCCAAAAGUCCCAGUUCGGAAACCAGUAGUAAAAGUUGAACCCAAAGAAGAGGAUAUUGAUGAUGAAAUACUAGCGGAAACUCAAAGGAUUCUCCGUCUCAAUGAAAAUACUGGACGGGGAAGGGGAAGAGCCAAAAUUGAAAAGAAAGAAUCACAGGUUCAAGUUGCUUUUGGUCAGGGAGCUACAUCGAAUCCCAUGAGGAAUUAUGCCAAACCAAAGAGAGAAUCAGAUGGUAUUGGUGGAUCAGCUCCAAAAAUGGAGAAAGAAUACAAAGAGCCAUGGAAUUACUACAGUUACUAUCCCGUCACCGUUCCCCUGAGGCCACCAGAUUCUGGAAAUCCAGUACAUCUUGAUGAGGCGGAAUUCGGGGAGGCUGCCUCAGACAUGACUUAUAACGAAGAUACUCUAAACCCAGCAGAAGAUCUUGGACUGGCGAAGGAGGGUGAGUACCCUAGCCUGAUCUUUCUUCAGUUACCAGCGUCUCUUCCUUUAACGAAGAGAUCAGCUGCUGCAGAGAGCAAUGAAACAGCUAACAAUUCAAAAUCAUCCAGGCCAGUGGGACGUCCAGGUAGAGGCUGCAGUUUGGAAGAAUUGCCUCCUGGAUUCGUGGGUAAAAUCUUGGUGUACAAGAGUGGCAAAGUUAAAUUGAAGAUCGGAGACACCCUUUAUGAUGUUUCCCCAGGAUCACAUUUUUCAUUUGUUAACGAAGUUGUAGCAGUCAAUACUGAUAAGAAACAGUGUUGGUCUGUCGGGGAGCUAACUGCGCGUGCAAUUGUGACCCCAGAUGUUGAUUCGCUCUUAUCUGCCAUUGAUAACAUGUAGUAGUUUUUGCUUCUACAAAAAAUUUUUGAUCCGUUCCAUAUAGAAAGAACCAAGAGUUUUUUACUUUUAUGUUGAAGAAUUUGUACAGCAGUUUUGUGAUUCUCCAUUUUUACCUUCGGAGAAUUUAUAGAACAGUGAGAAGCUCCAAUUUUACAGGGGCAUAGAAACUUUUCAAAUGCGCUGUAAAAGGCUUAGAGGCCAUUUGGCGAAGAUCCCAUGUACUUCAUGGAAGGGGAUCCAUAUUUACUUUUUCUGCAAAAUCAGCUCAAAGCUUUAUUUGGGGACUAUCAUUAGCUAA